AUGUUCAGUAACAAAGAUAUCUUUACAAUUGUGAUCAGUGCAGAAUUCAUAAUAGGAAUGUUGGGCAAUGGAUACAUUGGACUAGUCAACUGGAUUGACUGGAUUAAGAAGAAGAAGAUCUCCUCAAUUGACUAUGUCCUCACCAGUUUAGCUAUCUCAAGAAUGUGUUUGAUUGCUACUAUAGUAUUACAUGGGAUUUUGAUAACACUAUACCCAAGUGUGUUUGAAAAUUCGAAAAUACACACAGCUGUGUGCAGUUUCUGGAUAUUCUUUAACUACUUAAGCAUGUGGUUUGCCACCUGUCUGAAUGUCUUCUAUUGUCUCAAGAUAGCCAAUUUCUCCCACCCAUUUUUUCUCUGGCUGAAGUGGAGAACUGAUAGAGUGGUUCACUGGAUCCUGCUGGGAUGCUUUGCCAUCUCCUUUUUCAUUGGCAUUAUACUAGCACCAAUAGUGAGUUAUGGUCAUAGGUUUCAUAAUCUUAUCAAAGAUUCAAAAAACAUCUCUGAAAUGUUCUAUGUGAGUAAAAUCCAAUACUUUGAGCCAAUGACUUUAUUUAACCUGUUUGCUAUGGUACCAUUUAUUUUUUCACUAAUCUCAUUUUUCAUCUUAAUAGUAUCCCUGAGGAGACAUAUUAAUCAAAUGAAACUGAAUUCUAAAGGUGGUAGAGACCCCAACACACAAGCUCAUGUGAAAGCCAUGAAAAUUAUAACUUCAUUUCUCUUCUUCUUUUUUAUUUACUGUGUGUUUUGUCUUUUAGUGACCUUUAGCUAUCUUAUAACAGAAGAAAACUUAACUAUGAUGGUUGGAGAGAUUGUAGCAAUUCUCUAUCCAUCAGGACACUCAGUUAUUUUAAUUUUUGGAAAUAAUAAACUGAGGAAGCCCUCUUUCAGGAUGCUGACUUAUAGAUAG